ACUAUAUGUAUUUCUAUAAUGGCGACCAGCAUGGCACAAGUCCCAUUACAAAAGUGUGAAAUUUGUGAAAUUAAUGAUGGAAGACGAUAUUGUAUAGACUGUGAACAGUAUUUCUGUAAGACCUGUGAAGAGUUUCAUCUGAAGUCUAAAUCAUGCAAAAAUCAUGUAUUUAAAGAUUUAGGACAAAUAAACCCGGAAGAAAGAAAAGUAAUAUGCAAAGAACACAACAAGAAUAUGACGUAUUAUUGCACUACCUGUUCUAUGCUUGUAUGUAAGAUCUGCCUUCCGAAAAAACAUAAUAAACAUGAUUUUUCCUUAACAAGCGAGGCAGCAUUCAAAUUUAAAACAGAUCUUAAGGACGAUAUAGAACAAAUGAAGACCGUAGUCCGAUCAAUUGCGAAACAGAGAGCCAAGCUUGAAGAAAAAUCCAACCAGUUUUUAAUAUUGACACAGAAUUUAGUACAAGAAAUCAAUCAGAAAGGGAAUGUAUUAAAGAACUUUGUUGACAAAAUUGUAGGUGAUACCGUUUCCAAUGUGGCAAAGGAACAACAGAACAAUCUAGAAAGGAAAACAAAAGAGGAAUGUAUUAUGAAAGAUGCACAAGAGAGAGGGCAAAUGGUUAUUCUAAAGUUAACCAAUGCUGUUGAAAACCAAGGAGACACGAUGUUAUUAAAUUCAUACCAAUCACUACAUGAGGCUAUGAAAUCUAUGCCGGAUAUCGUUGAGUCAGACAUGGAAUUUCCCGCAUUAUCUUUCGAAGACGGAUUGUUGAAUGAGAUUGGGUUGACUCAAAUGAUAGGAAGCGUAGUGAUACCCAAAGCAGAUGCAUUACUAGCUUGUUCCCAUACCAUCAAAAUAUGUAAAGCAGAUAGUGGAUUACAAAAGUUUAAACCAGUGCAAACGUUAGUUCUAUCGGACAUUGGUAUAUAUAAAGUAAAGUUCUUGGCUAAUUCUUCAAAAUAUAAAGCAAAGCUUGAAGAACAGCUUAAGCUCAGUUAUGGAAGGAUAAUAUGGCCGUCAUCCAUGAGUGAUUCUAAGAUUGUUAUAGAGUGUACCUUAACCAACGAAAACGGUAGGAAACUUGCAUUGUCAUGGGAAGUGGAUAUCAGAAAGCAAUUAAGUGCGCAUAUAGAUGCAUUGGUUACAAUAAAAUAUACUAUAAAACAGGAAACUUGGAGUGGUCUCAUGCAAAAACUACGGGAAAUUAUCAUAUCAGAUCCGGAAGAGGUUAGCGUCAGUGUUGAGAAACCACCUGCUUGUGAAAUUAUUGUUGUUGGUUAUGAAAAAGCAGUGAAAGAAGUGUCUGAUAUUAUAAAACGUUCAGUAAGAAAAGUUAAUGAAGAGAAAACGAAACCUCACAGAAUAAAAAAUUCAUCGGCGGUUAACUUAAUUUGA